AUGUGUGUGUUUAGUAAGGAGCUGAAAUCGCCCAGCAGCAGUGUGAAGCCCAUGUCACCAUCGGAUUUUCUGGAUAAAUUAAUGGGAAAAACAUCUGGAUAUGAUGCUCGGAUCAGGCCUAACUUUAAAGGUCAAUUCACCUGUAUAGAGGUGAAAUUUCAUCUAGAGAGGCAGAUGGGUUACUACCUGAUCCAGAUGUACAUUCCCAGCCUCUUAACAGUUAUCUUGUCAUGGGUCUCCUUCUGGAUCAACAUGGAUGCCGCCCCGGCCCGUGUUGGCCUGGGCAUCACUACAGUUCUCACAAUGACAACACAGAGCUCUGGAUCCAGAGCAUCACUGCCUAAGGUGUCAUAUGUGAAGGCCAUUGACAUCUGGAUGGCAGUGUGCUUGCUGUUCGUCUUUGCUGCUUUGCUGGAGUACGCAGCAGUUAACUUUGUCUCUCGGCAACACAAAGAAUUCUUUAGACUGAGGAGAAAACUGCGGGAAGAGCAACGCUAUAGAGCU